ACCAUUCCAGUCACACAGUUGACAGUUGGUGCAGGUGUGCGUCUCUCUUCUCAAAGUCCAUCCCGCCGCAUGCCACCUGCGGUUUGGAAGUCGAGUCGCCGUAGGUGGAAUUCGAAAAGGUUUGCAUUCACGUGGAUGUGACACCAACACGCAACAUGCAUGAUGUCUCCCUUGAUAGAACAUUCGAUCAUGCAGCUCUGCUGGCUCACACUUCUGUUUCCUUCCCUCUUCCUCGAAUCUUCUCUUCAGUUUCUUUCUUGUCCUCAAACACGUCCUCUUCCAUCUCUGUCUCAGUGGCCGUGUCUUCCAUCUGCUCCAGCAGCCUCUCAGCCCAUUCCUUGAAGCCGAACGCCUCUCCGCCCCCCUCGCCAAUGGUUGCCACCUUGCUUAUGUCGCCAAGCAGCCAAUCGAGCAUGUCUCGAUCGUACAUGUAGCCAGUAUUCACCUCCCACGUUGAGAUGCCCUCUCCCUUCCUUUCUGGCGGGAGGGUGGCAGUGAACUCCUCGGUGAUCUUGUUGGGACACACGACGGGCGUCUCGUCUGCGUGCGGUCUGGCGAUGAGCUGGCUGAGGUACAUUGAGCUGAGAAGCGCGUAGGGCAUUGUCUCGUCGUUCAGGUCGUAUCGGCAGCCCUUGAGGAAUGCGCGGUAGAGGUCGUGGACAGGAGUCUUGCUUCUGCGGUUGAUGGUGCCGCCGAUGGCUUGGAAGAUUGCAGGGGAGACGGUCAAGCGCAUCUCGCCGGCCGCCAUGUCGUCGUGGGCCUCCUUCAGUUCGGUUGCCUUUUUGGCCACAAAAAGGAGACCUGCAUGGUUCCAACACAACUAGUGAUCGUGUUGAAAGACAGGCGCCGAUUGUCUCUCGUCCGUUCUUACGCUCGGCCCUUCGCUGCUCCUCCUUCUGCUGAGCCAGCCGAUUCAACAGAUCAGUGUACAGAGUCAGAAGUUUCUUCCUUCCUGCAGCCUGUGUGAGCCCAAGGAACAACGAGAAGAAUAAAGGCAGUGAGUGACCAGUCGAAUGGAUGCAUGGUGUCACACCGACCGACCUGAAGCCGACCGGCUUUUGGGAGGAAUUGCUCAGUUUUCAGCUUUCUGAAAUGCUGGUCUAUCACUGCACACACACAUAAAAGAAAGCGAUAUAUGCCAUCGUUGUGGGUGUCAUCACGCACGACGUACACACGCACUCCUCAGAACGUCUUCGUCUUUGGUCACGGGCUUGAUCAUGUAGCCGGGAAUCGGCUUGAAAGGCUUCUUUGGGACGCCCACUUGUGCCUUUGCCGCCGCAGCUAUCUUCUGCACCCCGGUCUUUUGCGAUGGCAGCCGGCCCACCGCUCUCGCCUUCUUGACAUACCUGCCGACACAGGCGGAAGACAUGCAGCUCAUGGCGCACCGUGUGACUUCCUUCCUACUUGGCGAGUUUGUACAUAAGCAUCAGCUGCAUGAGGAUCGGAAGACACGCAAAGCAAGAGACACUCACUCCACUCACUCGCUCACGAGUGCAUGAUAUGUUGAGCGUCAAGUCAUACCUCUUCCUCAUAGAUGAGAUGCGAGGACUCCGAUGCGUCUCUCGCCAUCAACGAAUGAGAGCCAAGCCCUGCAUGCAAUUCCAUGACAUACACGCACCAACCUUGACACGCACAAGUCGUUAAUAUGAUGGUGCUCUUCUCACCAGUGCUGCCGCACAGCGCAAGGCUUAGGACGCAUGUCAGCCACAGAUCCCUCGGGAACAACAGCAUCGCGAGAGACUGCCG